UAGUCAUAAAUUUCCGCAAGAUUUAUCUGCUCCGAUAACAGGGGUAAAUUUGCGCUCGCGAUCGUGACUCGGCGGUUUGAUAACGUCGAACCUAAUCGUGCAUGUGAUUGAAAGGGAAUGCGUCAAGGUGAAAUCGAAGCAACCCAACCAUAAGUGAAUGGGAAACCAAAGGAGGCGCAUGCUUGCUUGAUACGGGUAGUGCUGAAGUGACUGAGAUAGAAGACGACUCCUGGUGGAGUUUGUGCGAAAUUUAUUUCGAGUGCAAAAAUUAAGUGAAAAACGCCAAUGACAUUUGAAGAGUUUUGCGGUGGUCCCUUUUGGGACGAAACUCUCACAUGGCGAGCGGAAGAUCCGGAUUUGACCUUCUGCUUCCAACGAGUCAUCCUACAAUGGGUUCCCUGCUUCUUCCUGUUCGUUUUCACUAUCUACGAAGUAUACCGAAUUGCAACCAGCCGGUACCGGGACAUUCCCUGGAAUUGGUACAACAUCUCCAAAAUCGUCAUCUGCUUCAUGCUGAUGAUCAUGUCCUGGAUAGACCUGGGCAUGGUGGUCAACUAUCACAACCAGGAAAAUGUAUUUGACGUUCAGAUCUUGGUGGCGAUUUUCAAUGCUGUGGCCUUUAUAACAGUCAUCACACUGUACUACUUCUUCCGGAAGUACGGAAUUCACAGCUCCGGAACGAUUUUCAUUUUCUGGUUCCUGAAAGCCUUCUUCGGGAUCAUCCAGAUGCGUACGGAAGCCAUGAAGCACGCAAAUCGGGAUAAUCCCAUAGGAUCCGGCGAAACGGUCAUCUUCGCCGAGUACCAAUUCGUCAGCUUUACCCUACAGUACUCACUGACGUGCUUAAUACUGCUGAUGGAGAUCAUCCCGGAUAAAGCACCCCGUUACAGUGACUACCCUGAGAUGAAAAACCCUAGUCCCGAAUUAAAGUCAAGUUUCUUCAUAAAGCUUCUGUACCUGUAUUUUGAUCAGUUUACAUGGACGGGUUUCCGAAAGCCACUAACCGACAGUGACAUGCACGAUCUCAAUCCGGAAGACACGUCACGUGAGCUGGUGCCACCUUUUGACAAGUACUGGUACCAGAGUGUCGAGAGCCGUCGCCAGAAACAGAUGGCUGCCGACAAAAAGGCCGGAAAGGUGAACCCUAUCAACAAACCCCAUGCAGCUACUAAUGGAUCGAUCCUUCCAGCCAUGGUCAAGGCGUACGGUGGACCAUUCUGGUUUGCUGGCCUGCUGCAGAUCGGUAUCUCGGGACUUCAGUUUGCGUCACCUUAUCUUAUGCAGGAACUGAUGGGAAACAUUGCGAUGAGUGGACCGUUCUGGAUCGGAAUGCUUAUCACGUUCGCUCUAUUCUUCAACUCGCUUCUGAUCGCACUGUUCAACGGCCAGUACUUCCGAAAGACAUUCCUGGUAGGCUUCCGCAUUCGAACUGGCUUGAUUAGUGCCAUCUACCGGAAAGCUCUCCGCAUAUCGAGCUUCGCUAAGAAAGAUACCACAGUUGGCGAGAUUGUCAACCUGAUGGCAGUCGAUGCGCAGAGAUUCUUUGAAUUGACCUCCUACCUACACGUUCUGUGGUCAGCUCCGAUCAUCAUCGCCGUAUGCAUCUUUCUGCUGUACGAAAUCCUCGGUCCGGCAGUGUUUGCCGGGCUUGGAGUGAUGGUUAUCAUGAUUCCUAUCACUGGCGUCAUCGCUACCCGACUGAGAGAUUAUCAGGUGAAACAGAUGAACAUCAAGGACGAUCGUGUGAAGAAGAUGAAUGAAAUUUUAAGCGGCAUGAAGGUGCUAAAACUGUAUGCAUGGGAACCUAGCUUCCAGGCGGAAAUAGUAAACGUUCGAGCCGGCGAAAUUGCCAUUCUGCGAACAAUGGCCUACUAUGGUGCAGCAACGUUUUUCGUAUGGAGCAUGGCUCCCUUCCUAGUGACCCUUGCAUCGUUUGCUGUAUUUGUAAUGAUCGAUGAAAACAACGUUCUUGAUCCCCAAACCGCGUUUGUCUCAUUGGCUUUAUUCAACAUCCUGCGCUUUCCGUUGGCUAUGUUCCCCAUGAUGAUAACGUUCGCCAUGCAAGCGUGGGUAUCGGUGCAGCGAAUCAACAAGUUCAUGAACAGCGAAGAGUUGGAUCCGAAUAAUGUAACGCACAACAGAAGCGAAGAUGCUUUGUCGAUCAAGGACGGAACGUUCUCUUGGGGUGAUGAGACUCCCAAUUUGAAAAACAUCAAUCUGGCACUGAAGAAGGGCAAGCUUUCCGCAGUUGUGGGAAGCGUUGGCACGGGCAAAAGCUCUCUCAUCUCCGCGCUGCUUGGAGAAAUGGAGAAGGUCAAAGGAUCGGUUAACACGGAUGGAACGAUUGCAUUUGUUCCUCAACAGGCAUGGAUUCAGAAUGCUACACUUCGGGAGAAUAUUCUGUUUGGAAAGUCCUACGAUGCACAAAAAUAUGAUCGCGUACUGGAAUGCUGUGCUCUGAAACCGGAUCUGGAAAUGCUUCCGGGAGGAGAUACAACGGAAAUUGGUGAAAAGGGUAUCAAUCUGUCUGGUGGACAGAAACAGCGAGUUGCACUUGCACGGGCAGUCUACGCGGAUGCGGAAAUCUACUUGUUUGAUGAUCCACUGAGUGCGGUCGAUGCACACGUUGGCAAACAUAUCUUCGAGAAAGUUAUCGGCCCGGAAGGGAUGCUUGUGGGUCGAUCGCGGCUACUGGUGACUCACGGUAUCUCAUUCCUGCCCUAUGUGGAAGAGAUAUUCGUCGUGAAAGAUGGCGAAAUCUCGGAAAGUGGAUCCUACCAGCAACUGUUGGAUCAGAAGGGAGCCUUUGCCGAUUUCCUGACACAGCACAUUCAAGAUCUAGAUGAAGAAGACGAAGAAAUACAAAUAAUUCAGGAAGUCCUCAAGGACGAAGUCUCCAGAAACAUUCUAAAACGUGCCAUGUCCACCCGCUCUGAGCGGUCCGCUGGAAGUGGUGGUAGUAUUCGCAAAAAGAAAGUAAGCCGACAAGAGUCUCGAAACAGUAACAAAAAACCAGAAAUCCUAGAUACUCCUGCAAAGGGUACAACUUUAAUCGAGAAGGAAGAAUCCGCUACGGGGGCGGUAAGUUAUGCAGUGUACAUCAAAUACUUCAAAGCAAUCGGUUGGAAUAUGGCAUUCUGGGCCGUUUUCUUCAGCGUUAUCAAUCAAGUAUCUGCCAUCUACGGAAACAUUUGGCUCACGGAUUGGUCGGAAGAUCCUGAAGCAGCAACUGAUCCUGCCGUUAGAGAUAUGUACCUCGGAGUAUACGGUGGCCUGGGAGGACUUCAGUCCUUGGCACUUCUCAUCGCAUCCAUCGUCUUAGCCCUAGGUUGCUUGAAAGCAGCAAACACCAUGCACAAUAAUCUGCUGGAAAGCACCAUGCGCAUGCCGAUGUUCUUCUUCGACACGACCCCCCAGGGACGAAUUAUGAACCGAUUCUCCAAGGACGUAGACGUAGCCGACAACACACUUCCGCAAUCGAUCCGCAUGUGGUUGUUGAUGUUCUUCAAUGUCAUCGGAGUGUUUGUAGUGAUUGGCAUCUCUACCCCGAUAUUUUUGGCAGUCGUUCCCGUAUUCCUCGUUAUCUACUAUGCCAUCCAGAAGUUCUACAUUGCCACUUCGCGACAACUGAAGCGAUUGGAGUCCGUCACCAGAAGUCCAAUCUACUCCCACUUUGGGGAAAGUAUCACGGGACAGUCAACCAUCCGAGCGUACGGUGAGCAGAAUCGCUUCCAGCAGGAAUCGGAGAAACGCGUAGACUACAACCAAUUGAUGUCCUACCCGAGUAUUAUAGCAAACCGGUGGUUGGCAAUUCGUCUGGAGAUUGUCGGAGCGCUGGUGGUCUUCUUUGCAGCUCUGUUUGCCAUGCUAUCUCGUGACACCAUCGGUGCAGCUAUGGUAGGACUUUCGAUUACCUAUGCCCUGCAAAUUUCAGCCGUAUUAAGUUUCCUGGUAAGAAUGACAGCUGAAGUGGAGACGAACAUUGUGGCAGUGGAACGCUUGGAAGAGUACACUGUGCUGCCAAGGGAAGCCGAGUGGCAUAAGGGAACGGUUGAUAAGACCUGGCCGCAGGAAGGAAAAGUGCAGUUCAACAAUUAUAAAAUUCGCUAUCGAGAGGGGUUGGAUUUGGUGAUCAAGGGCAUUUCGCUGAAUGUGAAAGGAGGGGAGAAGAUUGGAAUCGUUGGUCGGACGGGAGCUGGAAAGUCUAGUUUGACGAUUGGAUUGUUCCGUAUUGUGGAAGCAUCUGGAGGAGCAAUCGUCAUCGAUGGACAGGAUAUUUCCAAGAUGGGAUUACAUCAGCUGAGAAGCCAGUUGACGAUCAUCCCACAAGAUCCGGUGCUUUUUUCAGGCACGCUGAGGAUGAAUGUUGACCCGUUCAGGAGUUACUCAGACGAUCAAGUGUGGAAUGCCUUAGAGCUGUCACAUCUGAAGGCUUUCGUUAAGGGACUUUCGGCUGGAUUGGAGCAUGAGAUAGCGGAAAAUGGUGAAAAUUUAUCCGUCGGUCAGCGACAGUUGAUCUGUUUGGCAAGAGCAAUUCUAAGGAAAACUAAGGUGUUGGUGCUGGACGAAGCUACGGCAGCAGUCGAUCUAGAGACGGACGAUCUAAUUCAGAAAACCAUCCGUACGGAGUUUGCUGACUGCACAAUUCUGACGAUUGCUCACCGUCUCAACACUAUCCUGGACUCGGAUCGCGUACUAGUAUUGGACAAAGGACUGGUAGCAGAAUGUGACACACCGCAAAAUCUACUCGCCGAUAAGACGACCAUAUUCUACGGAAUGGCGAAGAAUGCUGGAAUUAUCAACUAACGCAGACAGCGAGCACAUACGAGGAAUCUCAGCCGCUACGUAUUUCUUGAUGGGCCACACUCACCUCUUGAUAGCAAUACUCUUCGUUUCGGGUAGUUCAAUAUGCUU